AUGAAAUCUUCCGUUUCUUUUACCAUAAUCGUUGCAAUCAUUUUUAUCCAAGCCUUAACACCGUUCACUGAAGUGUAUGCGGGCCAUACCGUAUGGAUACAAAACAAGGUAGCUCGUGGUUCAUAUACUGAGGCUGCAAUCGUCUUAGAAAAUAAAAAAGGGGACUUUUUUUGGAAUGGUGAUACUGGUAUGAUUGACGCAGAGGGCGCCUGGACUCAUACCGGUUAUAGCUUGCAUGUUCCAGAUAACGUGGGAUCAUAUUGGGUUGCUUUUAGAGUUGCUGCGUCUACUGAAGAAGAUAAAUGGCGCGGCCCAAUCAAUAAUGAUGGGGAUAAAUGUUGGCACUUUCAUGGUACUUUAGAAUCUUGGGAAGUACACGAAUGUUAAACCAAUUUUAUCCACAGAGCGGCAAAAAUGUCACACUAUUUCUUUUUUCCAAUCAUUCAGUUUUUUAGCGGAUCCUGAUCAUCAGAACCUUAAGUUCUACAUAUAUAUGUAUACAAUAUAUUGUAAUCUUAUCUAUUUUACUAUA